ACCUAACGCCGCUGCCUACCGGGAUCUAGCUGCGAGGCAUGGAGUCGCCGAACUGCCGAAGGACUACAACCCCCAGGAAUCACUUCGCGAUGAGGUCAUCAGUUCGCGUCAUGUGGCGUCAUUAAAAAGCCGCCAAGGGAGGGAAGCGGGAGCUUUGCGAUACAAAAUCGUUUUACAGGCAUGGAGGAGAAGCUGAAUAAAGUUGCUUUGUGGUUGAAAAAGACUUUUGGGGAUCAGCCUAUCCCCCCAUAUGAGGCAGAUGCUCGAGCAGUGGAUAUUUUGUUUGAGUUGGCAGAAUGCAAUGAGUCCAGAGAUGGGGACGUCAUUCUGAUAAUUGACGACAUGAAGCAGAAGACAGAGGAGUAUGAAUCAGAUGGCAGCUAUCUACAGGGCCUUCUGGCUGAAAGUUUAAAUAUUUCUCUCGCCGGCCUCUCAAAUGCCAGCACCAGCUACCUGAACACCCUAGUGGACUCAGCCGUAGCCCUGGAAACAAAGGACACUUCCCUAGCAAGUUUCAUUCCUGCCAUCAAUGGCUUGACUUCAGAUCUGCAUGCAACACAAUCAAAAAACAAAGACUUGGAAUGUGAGUUGACCAACCUGAGACAAAAGCUCACUUCGACACUGGUACUGGAAAAGCGUCUACAGGAGUAAGUACUGACGACCUUAAAAAAAACGGAAGAGCUUCUGGCGGUGGAAAAAGCCAAAGCUGAUGGCCGAACUCAGAACAUGAAGUUCUUGAAGGACAAAUCUGAAAACUUCAAAUUCCGAAUCAAGGCAGCGGAGGAACAACUCUCCGCUAGUGGGAUGGAGGCUUCCUUGACGCAUGAGUCUCUAGUGAGUCUCUCAGAGAAACUUGCAGAACUAAAGAAGCAAGUCGCACCUCUGAAGAAGAAAUUGGACUCAUAUUUGGACCUCACGCCUAGUCCUUCUCUUGCUCGAGUGAAGAUUGAAGAAGCCAAGAGAGAGCUGGAAGCGCUCGAGGCGGAAGUUUCUACGAUGGUGGACAUAGCAGCACUUUCGGAGCCUCAAUCUAUCAAACGUCGCUUUACGUAAUGGCACCGACAUGAAAAGGAAGAGGCCCGGUUUAAUAUGUAUCUCCUUGUUAAUGUUUUGAGCACUGGAGUGCUUUCCUUCUUUUUCCUUGAUAUUGUCUUCUCUUCCUCAUCUUCCUUCUUCCAAGGAAAGUAUUUUUUCCCUAUUAAAAAUGUAUAGCUUCCUCUAUUAUUUAAUAUCUACCAUACGCAAUUUUAUAAGAAGUCUCAUCCAGAUCAAUAAAGCAAUCUUUUUGAAAAAGUA